AUGGGUCUUUUUGAAGAUAAUACAAGCACUAAUUGGAUAUUAGCAUUCUAUAGGCAUUUAUUAUAUGUUAAUGAGCUUGAGCAGAGCCUUCAUACUGGCAAACUUGUAAUGUUUAGAGGUUUACAGCUUAAUCGAUGCAAUGUAUUGCAAACUAUGAGAAUGGAAUUGAACAAUAAAGUUGUUAAUAAAAGCAAAGAAAGAUGCAAAUUGGUUAAUUCAAAAUUUGAAGAAAAAAAAUAA